AUGCAUACCCACACAUCGGAUCUCUUAUGUGCCAACUACAAGCACCGUGUACAUAUACAAGAGCUUAAUCUUCCAUUAAAUGCGUCUUCUUGGAGUGAAGAGGAGCUCAAAGAUCCGAAGAAAUUGUAUGAGAUGACAGUCCUUCUCAAUGCCCAGAGAGAAAUGGCGGAAAAAUUUUUGGAUGCACAAUGGGAAACAAAAUGGCGUCAAGAUAAGUUGAAUGAGCUAUUGGAAGAGAAGGUGCAGCAAUACAUCCAGAGCAUUGACACUAGUGUUCUUCGACAACCGAUUGUCAUAAAAUCCCCAAAUCAAGAACAGAAGAAAAGGAGGCGGCAGCGCCGGUGGUGGUUAUUUUGAUAAAAUAAGAAGUCCUGGUGCGAAACUUGCUUUUUGCAAAAGUUUUAUCUCUUGAUUGUACCGUUGUCUAUUAUUACUUUUCCCUGAAAGGACACCAUUGUACUGGCUUACUGCAUUUCAAGCUUUCCUCUUCCCAAAAUGAUAUGUUGGUUCUCUUAGGUAUAAUUUUUAUUUGUAUUUAUAGUCUAGUUAUGUGAAAUCAUUUAUAAGAAAAAAAAUUAUUAGCCAUAAAUAAUAAUUGUUUGGUUAC